UUUGGGCGGAUUGUUUUAGCAGCCACAUCCACUUCCCUCUCCGAAACGCUAGUUGAAGGAGCAACAGGCAUGCUACUAUCAGCAGUGACCUGUAGGAGUAAACUUUAGAGUAGAUUUAACAGCUGUUGGUGUUUGCUCUGUUAUCAUGGGGGACUCGGACGCCACCGGGGAAUUAGCUCUCAGGAGAAGGGCGACUUUCGCGGCGUGGAAAAGCGGAAGUCUGCUGCCGAUGAACGGCAAGUCUGCAGCGGAGUGUCAGAGCUCAGUGACCGCCGACAGUAGCAAGGACAAUGGGCGGGGAAAACGAGACCGACCGCUGGAAACAGCCCGGUCCAAAUCAAGCAGUGAGAAACAAAAACGCAGGAGUGACAUUAGUGAGAGGCUGAGUUGUCAUAAGACACAAGAAUCCCUGCUGAGUUCAUCCAGUGGUUUCAGUAACUACAGAGGAAUCCUCAACUGGUGUGUGGUCAUGCUGGUGUUGAGCAAUGCUCGCCUCUUCUUAGAAAACUUGUUACGGUACGGGGUCUUGGUGGACCCGAUUCAAGUGAUUUCCUUGUUUCUGAACGAUCCCUACAGCUGGCCAGCAGCAUGCCUGGUAAUUGUGUCCAAUGUGUUCGUUCUGGUGGCUCUCUACACAGAAAGGCAGCUGUCGAAGGGUUCAUUUACUGAACUUGUGGGAUUUCUGGUCCACUGCAUUAACAUGGCAAUCAUGCUAACGCUGCCUGCUGCAGUGGUCCUAUUGGUCCCCUCCGUGACCCCAGUUGGCGGUGCAUUCGUUGUUGGUACUUACACCAUCCUCUCCCUAAAGCUUUACUCCUACAAGGACGUCAACAUGUGGUGCAGAGAGCUGAGCUCGGUCAAAGCCAAGAAAUUGGCCAGGUCGCUGUCUUGUCCGUCAGUGCAGCACCUCAACGGAGGCGACCGAAAGGCGUGUUACCCUGGCAACCUCACCAUCAGAGACAUGUACUACUUUGUCUGUGCUCCAACUCUGUGCUAUGAGCUCAACUUCCCGCGCUCUGCCAAUAUUCGCAUGAGUUUCCUGAUGAGGAGACUGUUUGAGAUGCUGUUCUUCACCCAACUGUUAGUUGGUCUCACUCAACAGUGGAUGAUUCCCAUCAUUCAAAGUUCCAUGAAACCACUAGAGGACAUGGAUCUGUCCAGGAUGACUGAGAGACUUCUACGAUUAGCUGUUCCUAACCACUUGCUGUGGCUGAUGUUUUUCUACGGGUUCUUCCACUCGUCUAUGAACUUCAGCGCUGAGCUGCUGCGCUUUGGAGACCGACAGUUCUACAAGGACUGGUGGAACUCCGAGUCGGUGACAUAUUUCUGGCAGAACUGGAACAUCCCUGUACACAAGUGGUGUCUACGACACUUUUACAAGCCGCUGCUUAGGAGAGGAUUUAGUAAAAUAGUCAGCCAAUCAGCUGUCUUCUUCUUGUCGGCUUUCUUCCAUGAGUACUUGGUCAGUGUUCCUCUCAGGAUGUUCAGACUUUGGGCCUUCAUGGGCAUGAUGGCACAGCUUCCAUUGGCCUGGUUUGUCGGUCGCUCCUUGCACGGUACCUACGGCAACGCUGCGGUGUGGAUCUCAAUCAUCAUCGGUCAGCCAUUCGCCGUCCUGAUGUACGUCCACGACUAUUACGUCCUGCAACACAGACAGGAGGCUGACUGAUGUGCGUGCACACACACACACACACACACACACACAGAAGUACCACUUGCAUCCAGUGCUGCAGGAAUCGUACUUCACACGUCAGGGUGAACUGAUCAUAGUGUGUUUACAUUAGACACCUUGUCCAUUGUAUCUCCUUGUAAUGUAAUGUUUUUCUUCCUAUACAUUUUUUUCUUCACGUUGGGAAAAAUAAGAAUAACUGUAACAGAAAGAUGUUGAAUCUUGAAGCAUCACUGUGAUGUAGGGAGUGAGGCCUCUCUUCUGUAUCAUGUGACAUAAUCAUGCAGCUUUUCACUUCUCUGAUGGACAGCUUGGGUACUGUGUGAUGCUGUGCUGCUCUUCAGCUGUGGUCAUGGCCAGGAUAAGGACUGUGGCUGCUUUUUAUCAAUUGACAUCAUGAUUUAAGUGCUUUUGUAAAAGUUGUGAUGGAGAUUUAUGAUCUGCUGUGUUUCAUUUUCAUGAGCCAAAGGGGCUUAAUCUGUCCGGUGUGAAUGUAGAUGGAAUACUGAGAAGAGUACGAUUUUAUUAAUGUACGUGUUUUUUUUAUGAUGAUUUGCUUUGUCUGUUAUAAAAAGGCCAGCUAGCUGUAUGUCUGUUUUUUUUUUCCUUUUCUUUUGACCUUAGUGCCAUUACAAUAAUAUCGCACACAUCCGUUUGUGCAACACUUUUUUGGGUGAUUCGUUUUGUUUUGUUUUUUGUCACGGUGCUAUCUCAUUGGACUGUUGCCAAGUAAUGAUGUCUAAUCAUGCGUCUAAAUUCAAUUUGUGUGUCUAAAAAUAAACAUUCAGAGAUUUAAUUGAAGAUUUUUUUU